UGUAAAAUCGAUUUUUCCGGACCCAGAUACGGAUUUGCAACUUUAGCCGGACCGGAUCCAGUCCGGCCCGGUCACUAAUAACAACCAAACUCUUCCAAAAGAAUCUAAUAAUUAAACUUCUCCAACCAACAAUUUCAAUUUAAAUUUAAAAAAUAAUUUCCAUCCAAAGGUGUUAUAUCUCCCUUCAACGUCACAAAGCUAUAUUAAAUCCAUUAGCUAGUAUGUCUUCAUCUAAAUCAACAAAUCAUUUUUAUUUAUUUUUAAUUCCAAUUUGUGCAUUAAUUUUUAAUUCUCCCGUUUGGUUUGAAUUUAAAUGGGCAAUUAAUAUUAUUAAAUUAAAUAAUGGAGGGAAAAGAAUUAUUAUAUGGCAUGAAAGGUCGGCUUUAGCUAAAAAUGAGCAAUAUAUAUUUUUGAUUCCCUUAAUACUAAUUUCUGUAUUAAACAUUCGAAUGUUAGCAUCUAUCCGUAAAGCUUCAAGAAGAUUAGCAUCUGCUGGACAACGGAAACGAAUGGAAAGGGAAAAACGUUCUGUUAGAUUAUUAAUUGCUAUUGUUUUGUUAUUCUUUUUAUGCCAUACUGGUGGUUUAAUUAUUCGAUUUGUUGAUUUAAGACAACAUGGAAAUGAACCGUGUUUUGUUUUUGCAAAAGAUUUGGUUAAUUUUUUGUUUAAUAUAAAUUCUUUUGCUAAUCCAAUGCUUUACUUCUUUUUUACAAAACAAUUUAAAGAUUUAAGAACAACAUAUAAAGAAGCUAAAAUAUCUAAUAAUAUUAUUGGAAUUAACAGAACAAAUAGUUUAUUAAAUAAAUUAAUUUUAUUAAAAAAGAAUUAA